UGUUGAAGUAUCUCAAAUUUCAUAUUCCAAGACUAGUUUUUACUCCAUUUGAGUUAUAGGCUGAGAGAGAGAGUAGUUGAUCGAGUUGACAAUGGAGAAGAAGAAGAAGAGUCGCAUACUUGUAAUAGGAGCUACCGGAGGUCUAGGGUUUCUCAUUGCCAAUGCCAGUCUCGAAGCUUCUCAUCCUACAUUUGCGCUCGUCAGAGACUCCGCCUUCUCCCACCCGGACAAAUCUAAUAAGAUCCAAUCUCUCUCAAAUUCCGGAGCUUUCAUCCUUAAGGGCUCACUGCAAGAUGAAGCAACUCUCCUUGAAGCUGUUAAACAAGUCGAUAUCGUCAUUUGCACAGUACCCUCCAAGCAAGCCCUAGAUCAGAAACUUCUAAUUUCAGUCAUCAAACAAGCUGGCUGCAUUAAGAGGUUCAUUCCAUCAGAGUUUGGAUCAGAUCCAGAUAAAAGUCAGAUAUCAGGAAUUGAUAAUAACUUCUAUGAAAAUAAAUCAGUAAUUAGAAGGUUUAUGGAAACUGAAGGUAUUCCUUAUACUAUCAUAUCAUGUAACUUCUUCAUGAGUUACUUGCUUCCUUCUCUAGUUCAACCAGGCCAGAAGAAACCCCCAACUGAAAACAUCACAAUAUUUGGUGAUGGAAAUGUCAAAGGUGUGUUUAUGAACAAAGUUGAUGUUGCUGCCUUCGCGAUUCGAGCAGUUGAUGAUCCACGAACAUUGAAUAAGGUUGUCUACUUAAGGCCUCCUGGAAAUGUGUGUUCUCUCCAUGAUCUUGUUAAUCUUUGGGAAGGUAAGAUUGGGAAGAAACUGCAGAAGAUAUAUCUCUUAGAAGAGGAUGUUCUCAGAAAAAUUAAAGAAACCACUUUUGCGGAUCAUAGUGAGCUUCUAUUUAUAUACUCUGCAUUCAUCAAAGGAGAUCAUACAUAUUUCGAUAUAGAAUCGUCAGGUGGUGUGGAUGGAACAAAGAUUUAUCCUGAUUUCAAGUAUACUACUAUAACAGAGUUCCUCGAUACCCUCUUAUAAGUUAUCACCACCUGUUGGUGCGAUCGAUGGACAGAAGAAAAAUAGACCAUACACCACCUCCCUCCAAUGUUUUUUAUCUAUAGAAAGUCAUGUGUCAUGCAUCAACAUUCAAAUUGACUCGAACCAUUUAACUGUUAUAUGGGUCCAAUCCAAAUUAGAAAAUGUAUGAUAUGCAGGAUAUUGGGUUUUGAUUAAUAAAAAUCAAUUUAUUAGGUUA